AUGAGUUUAACAGCAGAAAAUGCUUGUUGGUGCAUGUAAAUAAUGAUGUGAAGCUGAAUCACCCUCCCCCUCUCUCAAACACUCUGAAAAUAAUGAUGACCCUUUGCGCUCUUCUCAGACAACACUCUGGAGGUGCUGUUGAAGAAGAGCCUGUGUGGUUUGGGCUUCAGCUUCUACAUCAGUGAGUUGAACAGUGGUUGUGACCAGGGCAGCAGUGUGGUGCGGAUCAAAACCCUUUUCCAGGGUCAACCAGCCAAGGAGUCAGGACAGAUCAGAGAAGGAGACGUCAUAUUGGCUGUUAAUGGACAAUGGGUUAAAGGCCUCAGCUACCAGAGGGUGUUGUUCCUGCUCCGUGGGCCUCCGUCUGAGGUCCACCUGACUCUCUGCAGACCUGCUCUUGGAGUACUGUCUCAACUGGAUGCUGACACACUGGUUCCUUUCUUGUCUCCAACCCGUGGGGUGAGGUCCAAGUCUCUAGACAUCAGGCUAGGGGAAGAUUAUAGCCAGCUGCUCAAGCUACAGGCAUACCAGAACCGUCAGUACAACCAGGAAAACCAGGCUCAGAAGGAGCCAAUGCAGACAUCACAAGCCCAGGACCAAGCCUCCAGGCAGGCCAGACAAACAGACAAAUCCCCUGAGCCCUCUGGAGGUCCGAAGACUCAACAGAGUCAGGAUAGUCAAGACAGUGAGAUGGACGCAGCUGAGAACCAGCCUUCCUCACCCUCUCCCUCACCCCCUUCCCCCAUCUCCCUCGCCAGCAGAAGUGACGCAGGAGACAGUGAAGAGUUGUCGGUUGUGGACGAGGAAGGUUCCGAAGAAAUGAGCUCGGCAUCUGUCGGGGCCAAGACCAGUACUAGUCCCGUGUACACCAGUGGCAUCAGAGAAGAGGCGGACGGCAGUUUAACAUACUGCCUUAUGGGUGAUGGAAUAACCAUUCUGUCUGAUAAAGAGUACUUGACCAUCAGUUCGACUUCGGACAGGCCCUCUAGCCUUACCUCAAACACCUCAUGUACCCCCAGUGUGGCUCCACACACUACCUCUCAAACCUCCAGGACCAGAUCCACCCCCCCCACUAGGGUCCGAUCCACCACCCCCAAAAGUACUUCCAUCCCCCACAGCUUGUCCUCGCAAACCACAAGCUCAACAAACCCCAAUUUGUCAUUGCAAACCACCUCUGUCCAGCAGACACCAGCUCAGCCCUCCUCUAAGCCUACAUCCAGCCUUUCCUCUAGGAUGUCUGACCUCAACAUCAGCCACUCAGUGCAUCCUCUCCAGCCCCAGCAUGCUACACCUCCUCUUCCCAGCCUCUCCUCCCAUACCUCCAACCCCAACUCCAGGAUCUCUGAUUGCAAACACAGCAUCACCUCCGAUCGUAAACACAGCAUCACCUCCGAUCGUAAACACAGCAUCACCUUCGAUCGUAAACACAGCAUCACCUCCGAUCGUAAACACAGCAUCACAUUCAAGACUACCAAUGCCUCCAACAUCACUCGUUCAGUCAUCCAAUACAAUCCCCAGCCCCCUGACACAUUGCCCCCCUCGCAACCCCCCGCACGCCACCCCUCUCCCCAGCCUCCCUUGUCCUCACUCUCUCCCCCCAUUCAGGCUGCACCUCUCCAAAACACACACCCUACCUGGAGACAGGAGACAGAAGGGGAGGAGGACGAAGAUGAGGAUGAGAAUGAGGAGGAUCCCAGAAAAGGCAUGAUGAAGGAAUUUGAGAUGUGUGUGGUUCUGACCAAGUCGUGGAGUGGUAGCUUUGGGUUCACCAUCACACGCAGCAAACUGGAUGCCUGCUACUACAUUCAGGACAUACUGGACAACCCUGCUAAGACGGACGGACGGCUCAGACCAGGGGACAGACUAGUCACGGUCAACGGCCAAGAUAUGACGAAUGUGACGGAUGAGGUUGCCAUGUCGAUCCUGAGGUCGUCUCCUAGGAGACUGAGUUUGAUCCUGGGGAGGGCGGUGACCAACCUGAUCGCUCCACCUUUUCCAGACAACCUGCAAGACAUCAUACUGCACAAGACACCGACUGGACAGCUUGGUAUAAAGCUGACGGGUGGUAUAGGCAGCAAAUGGCAGGGGAUCUACUGUCUGGAGGUGGUUCCUGGUUCACCUGCGUGUGAGGAAGGCAGCGUCCAACCAAACGACAGGAUCCUGUACAUCUGUGGCCGAUGCACCAUGGGAAUGACUCUGGAGGACGCUGUCAAGGCCUGCGAGACUGCUCCGCGCAAAGUGAAACUUAAGGCCACCAGAGAUGACCAGCCUGUGACUCCCAAAGCCAAGAGUAAUGCUAAAGCCGUGCCCGAGACCACUGGGAAAUUCAGACCACUUCUCUCUGUCACCUCCGAUCAAGACAGCUGUAUCUUGCAAAUAUAUGUGUGUAAACCAGAGAGAGGGGGUCUGGGCUUUGCUCUGAUUGGAGGAUGCAACGGAAGUACGCUCAGAGUGAAGGAGAUAUGCGCUGGAGGCAUGGCGCAGCAGGAUGGACAGCUCAGAGUGGGAGACAUACUGCUCGAGGUGAAUGGUAUAAUAGUAUCAGGUCUGAGCCACUGUAAGGUGGUGGAUAUCCUCCGUCAGGCUGAGGGAAACAUCCAACUCACAAUCUGUAGAGACAUACCAAGGGCCAACACAGCACCCUGCACUGAUGUAUCCUUCUCUAUGGCCUUCCCUGGAGACAACAUGGCCGUCUGUCCUGGAUCCAAUAUGGCUUCCUGUCCUGGAUCAAAUAUGGCCUCUUAUCCUGGAUCAAAUAUGGUACCUUGUCCUGGAUCAAAUAUGGCCUCCUGCCCUGAAGUCAACAUGGCUACCAGCAAUGGAUCCAACAUGGCUCCCUGCACUGGAUCAAAUGUGUCAGUCUUCAUCGAAGCCCGUAUGUCGGACAAUGCCGAGCCAUUCUCCAACCCUUCUGCAUGUUCCUCACCUGAUGUCCAGCAGGAGGACCUUCCCCCUGAGGGGACUUCAGAUCCAGUACCUGAUGUAGAGGAGGACAUUACCCCACUUUCACCCCCCGAUGCCUCCUAUCACCCCUCACUCCGCCUGCGGACCCUCACAGAAGAGGACAUGGCUGGACAGGAGAGCUGUAACAGUAAACCCUCUCAUCAAGCUUGCUGCCUGUCCAGCAAGAGUAUGACUAACUUGCUCCAUGAAGCCUCGGACAGGAACCAAAUCCCUGUGAUGCCAUUGGACGAAACCAUGACUGGCAGCAAAAACAGCCAAUCAGAUGGCUGGAGCAGCGAGGAUGAGGAUGAUGAGACAUUUGAAGCUAAAGGUCAGGAGACCAUGUCACACUUCCCAGGUCCACCUAUAGUAUCAGAAGAAGAGUUGGCCAGACUAGCCAUGAUCAGUCCAGCUAAGACCAGUCAAUACGCUGGGUCGAGAGUAAAAGCCCUCAUACAGAUUCUACAACAUCAACUAGACCAGCAAGAACUGGUCCGAGAGUUCAUGGCCUUGGAGCAUCUAAAGCCGUCUGAUAACUGUCUAGUGGGGAAAGCUCCGGAGAACCGGGAGAAGAACCGCUAUCGUGACAUCCUGCCCUACGAUAAGACGCGUGUUCCAGUGGGUGAUAACCAGGACUAUAUUAACGCCAGUUAUAUCCGUAUGGAGGUUGGCAGUGAGGAGUUCAUCUAUAUCUCCUGCCAGGGUCCUCUGCCCUCCACCGUGCCCGACUUCUGGCAGAUGGUCUGGGAGAACAGGUCUGAUGUGAUAGCCAUGAUGACCCAGGAGGUGGAGAGAGGCAGGGUGAAGUGUCACUGCUACUGGCCAGAGAGGGUGAGCUGUCCCCUAGACACAGGGCGCUUCCAGCUCAGCCUGGAGAACCAGCAGAUCAAGGAAUACUUCCACAUCAAGAUCAUCCGCAUGGUGGAGAAAGAGUCUGGUGAGACCCACUUUGUCCGUCACCUGAAGUUUAUCCGUUGGCCUGACCACGGUGUGCCGCGGAGUUCAGAGCAGCUGGUCAGAUUUAUCCGCUACCUCCGAGCAGUCCACCAUAAAGGACCUGUCACUGUACACUGUAGUGCUGGGAUAGGACGAACAGGAGUACUGAUCUGCACCGAUGUCAUCCUGAGUCUCAUAGAGAACGAUCUCCCGAUCAACGUUAGUAACAUUGUGAGGGAGAUGAGACUGCAGCGAUAUGGCAUGAUUCAGACUAAGGAACAGUACCUGUUCUGCUACAAGGUAUGGUUGGAGGUUCUACAUCGCAUCCUGCAGCUGCAUGGUCAGCAUUGGCAACCAGAGAGCCCCCGCAAACUUAAUUCGAGCCCUCGUACACACAGUAACCGAUGGCAACCUGAGAGCCCCCAUGAAGAUAAUCAAUUUGUUUGACCAGUUUUCUUUUCCCCCACCCGUUAGCUGAUUUUGUUAUGAACACUGUAUAUGUAUGCGUUUUAGCCAAUUCCUCUGUUCGUUUUAUGUCAUGCCAAAACAUGACAGAUGGGACGACCAGGCUACAGUAUGUUUCUGCAUGGUUUUGAUAUUUGGGUUUUGAAUUUAUUGAUGGAGGUAGACAUUUUUACUGUUGGUUAUUUUGUGGGGGAGGGUUUGAGAUGGCAGUGACUGAUUAAAAACUUAAUUGAAA